AUUAACAAGCCCCCUUUAGAAAUUUCUGACGCUCUCCUUCGACAGCCUUCGACCUUCUGCUUGCCGACAGAUAUGAUACGCCUUCUGUGACCUUUCAUGUCUUGAUCGGACAAUAGCUGUCAAUCUGUUUUCAGGAAUUUCAGUGAUGACUUAUCGGUCGCGGGCCAUGGCUAUGUCAUUUGUAUAUCAAGUUGCGCCCUACCUGGUACUACGGCCUGUGACUAGGCAGUGCAUUACUCCGAGCGAUUAUUAAGCUAAGCCGAAUGGCAUUCACACUGUUUACCAUUCGAUAAGAGAUAAGACGUUAGAUGAUGUGGGUGAACGCCGUUUUUUUACCUCUCGAACGCCGCAUACAGAUGGAUUAUUCGGCUGCCGAUAUUGAAGCGGCCAUGAAUCUGCAGCUCUCAAUGCACCUAUACACGGCGCUGGCUACGUUCUGGACAUAUGACUAUGCUUGUUCACUUGAACAAGAGUGGAUAUUUCUGUUUCGGUCACGCUGGACCAAGGUAAAAGGCCUUUAUAUCGUUACACGACACGUGCCCUUCUUUCUUAUAAUGGAUCUUUUGGUCUUCACCUCGAACGACAGUCCCGAUAAAUGCCGGGUAUUGAGCAGUAUUUACUCGUGUUUCGCGUUGAUAUCACUCACAUGCUCUGAAUGCUUUUUUGUGCUCAGAACGUAUUCGCUCUUAAACAGAAACAAAAUCAUACUCACAGCCAUGAUGACCUCCCUUUUUGCUACCACCGCAUCCACCGUUGCCAUUUUUUUCACUACUAUUCCCACCUCAUAUGUUACGACAAGCGCGAUCCCAGGUAUCACGGGCUGCUACCGGAGCUCGAACACUGUCGAAGUUCUUCUGCCGUUUCUUCUGAUGUUUGCGUUUCAACUGGGAUUGAUAUGCCUAACACUCACAUGUGUUAUACGAACCUGGCGAUCGACCAGGAGCCCUCUGUAUGCUAUCCUGGCGAAGCAUAACAUAUUCUAUUAUGCCACCGGUCUGCUUUUCUCAAUCGUGAACAUCCUCAUGCCACUGCUAGCCCUCGAUAGCGCAUACCUCACCGUCCUCGAAGAUUUGCAGGUCUUUAUCCUUGCGAUCCUCGCCACGCGCAUGCACCUCUAUCUCUGGCGUAUCGACCGGCGUAGUCCGUACCAUACGUGUGAUACAGAUCAUCGUGAUACAAAUCGGGCAUUCUGAGGUAGCACCAGAGGAGUACCGCUCUACUUGCCACUAUUAGUACGAGACUCAUUCAUCUACGAACUCCCACUCAGAAUAUGAUG